AGCAGUAAAUCUGGGAGAUAAAGCCUGGCUUUUCAGCAGUUCCAUGCUGAGCGCAGCUCCUCUGAGCAAACCCACGUUCCAGGAUCAAGGUUGUUUGAUUUUGCUAAUAAGGAAGGGGAGCUCCGCCUAGUGAUGGCUGAUGGCGAGGAGGACCCUGCUGUGUUCACCUCUACUUGUUUGCCCUCCGACCCACGGCUCCUUGCUACGGUGACCAAUGCUUACCUGGGCACACGUGUCUACCGCAACAUCCUUCAUGUCAAUGGUGUGUACAAUGGGGCGGUGGGGAACACACACCGUGCUGACAUCCCCAGCCCAGUCAAUGUGAAGAUGACAGCGCCUGAUGGGGAUGUACCUGUUGAGACCUUCACCUUGAAUACACGGACAGGAACUUUCAGCCAUAAGCUUCAGUCACCCAAUUAUACAGCCACACACAGGAUCUAUGCUCACCAUUCCCUCGUCCACCUGAUGGCCUUCAGCAUCACCAUCCGGCGAUCAGCUGGCAUCAGCCAGCCCAUCACUGUGCAGCUCCAGACUCCUUUUGUGCCAAAAAGCCAGGACUUGGACCUGCAGGAAGGACCAGACUUCCAAGGAGCAUACUACGUCUAUGGGCAGACACUGGUUCCUGAGGUGGAGGGGGGACCCCAGCCCACUGUGCAUAUGCUCUGGACUCCUGUGCCGCGAGCUGUCACCUUGCAUGAGGAGGAGCAGGAGCGAAGCUGGGAGUUCCUGACGGCUGUGGCUGAGAGUGAGGAGGAGGCCAAGAGGAGCUACAGCGAAGGGCUGGCACACGUGGCAGCUGGCUCCCUGCACUCUUCGCAUACCCAUGCCUGGGCUGCUCUGUGGAGAGGGUGCUGUGUGGACCUGGAAGGCCCACUGCCUUUGAGACAGGCCCUCUAUGGGUGUCUCUAUUAUCUGCUGAGUGCCAUCCCUCCCCAAGAUACACCGGGAUUCCUCUUCCAUGGCAUCAGCCCUGGUGGCUUGUCCAAUGGCACACGGGGCGAGGACUACUGGGGGCACAUCUUCUGGGAUCAGGACACCUGGAUGUUCCCGAACAUCCUGCUGUUUUAUCCCAAAGCUGCCCGAGCCAUCUUGGAGUACCGGAUUCGCACGCUGGAAGGAGCUCUACUCAAUGCACAGGAACAAGGCUAUGAGGGUGCUAAGUUCCCAUGGGAGAGCGCAGCUACUGGUCAGGAGGUCUGUCCUGAGGACAUUUAUGGAGCCCAAGAAAUUCACAUAACCGGGGAUGUUCUGAUGGCCUUUGAGCAGUAUUACUAUACCACACAGGACCAGAAGCUGUUCAGGACUGAUGGAGGCUGGGCGCUGGUGAAAGCCGUGGCUCAAUACUGGUGCAGCAGGAUGGUGUGGAGUGAGGAGGAGCAAUGCUACCACAUCCGAGGUGUCAUGCCCCCAGACGAGUAUCACCACCAGGUUGAUAACUCUGCUUACACCAAUGCCGUGGCACAGAGGAGCUUAAAUUUUGCAGCCAGCAUUGCUCAGGACUUCUUGAUCCCUGUGCCAGAGGAGUGGGUGGAAUGUGCAAAGAAAGUCAAAGUGCCCUUUGAUGCAGUGCGGAAAUAUCACCCUGAGUAUGACGGUUACAGUCCAGGUGAGCCUGUGAAACAAGCUGAUGUUAUCCUGCUGGGCUUCCCUCUGAUGCACCCGAUGCACCCUGAAGUGAGGAGGAAUGACCUGGUGAUGUAUGAGCCCGUCACCACGCUGAGCGGGCCAGCCAUGACCUGGAGCAUGUUUGCAGUGGGCUGGCUGGAGCUGAAGGAAACGCAGAGAGCACAGUGCCAACUGAACAAGUGUUUCAGCAACAUCACUGAGCCCUUCAAGAUCUGGGUGGAGAACUCGGAUGGGUCAGGAGCUGUGAACUUCUUGACAGGGAUGGGUGGAUUCUUACAGGCUGUCCUCUUUGGUUACACAGGGUUCAGGAUCACAAAGACCAACCUUCGCUUUGACCCUGCAUUUCCCAAUGAUGUCAACAAGUUGGAAGUCACUGGUGUCUCCUACUUGGGCAGCAAGCUGAAGUUCACCAUCACCAAGGAGGAGAUGAGGAUUGCAGCAACCAAGUGUCCCCUUCACCCUCCCCUGGAGGUGGUGCUGGAGGAGUCUGGGCAGUGCUUUCCUCUGCACGAAGGGCAGAGCAUCUCCUUCCCCACAGCUGCUGGAUGCAUCCGGAGAGCGCCCAGCAAAGGACUUUGAACCUCAUGGGUCCGGGCUUUAUAUGAUGGGCAUCAGACCCACCCGUACUGAUGUGUGGACAUCCUGCACCAUCCCCGUAUUGAUAUGAGUGUGCUGAGGCUGCCAAGAGAAUGCCCUGCUCUGUUAA